GAGGACGACAGCAGCGUACCAAGAGGAACUUUGUGGCCCAAAAGAGGAGAAGGAGCCCCAACGUCAACUACUGGACGCUGUGUUCAAUCUGCAGCCUCGAAUUCUGCUACGCAGACCACAAGCCUCUGGCCCACGUGAAAGUUGCCCACAAACGGCGCCACAUUCGCAGAAGCCGACAGCCGUGUCUGAGUGUGCGCAAGAACUGCAUCCGAGGUGGCAGAGCGGCGGGCUUCGUAGGGCGUCUCGCAAGCAAGACAGAAUGCGGUGGAAGAGCCAAGAGGAACGUUGCGCAAAUAAACAUCAUUGAAGAUCUUCGUACUGAACGGCAGGAGCCAGAACCCCCUCACAUUAAAGAGGAAGUGGAGGACGAAGAGGUCCACCACAUCAAAGAGGAAGUGGAGCCCAUUUCAAUUAAAAAAGAGGAAGAAGAAGCAUGCCCCCACACCAAAAAGGAAGAGGAGGAGGAUAUCACCAAAUUUUCAUCGACUGGUGUCCCUCUGAAGAGUGAAGAUGAAGGUCAAAAUGAGGAGAGCUUAGGGGCGGAGCCUCCAAGCAGCAGCUCAAAUCAACACAUGACAACAGAAGGUGAUGGAGACCACUGUGGAGGAUCUUCAGCAGACGGACUCUUAGUUCCACUGUCAGAUAGUGACGACACGACGUCACACUCUCCUCACACUGAUGAUGAUGAUAGACAGUCUGAAGGUGAUAUGACAUGUCACACUGAAAACAAACAAUGGAAAUGUUCUCAGUGUGGGAAAACAUUUGCUUAUAAGGGCAAUUUGAAACAACAUGUGAGAACACACACUGAAGAAAAACCUUUUUCCUGCUCAGUUUGUGGUAAAAGAUUCUCUGUUAAGGGAAGCUUAAAAACUCACACAAGAACCCACACUGGAGAGAAACCUUUUUCCUGCUCAGUUUGUGGUCAAAGAUUCUCUGAAAAGGGAAACUUAAAAAGUCACACAAGAACCCACACUGGUAACAAAACUUUUUACUGCACAGUUUGUGGUCAAAGAUUCUCUGGAAAGGGAAGUUUAAAAAUACACACUAGAAUCCACGUUGGAGAGAAGCCUUUCUCCUGCUCAGUUUGUGGUCAAAGAUUCACUCGGAAGGAAAACUUAAAACAACACACAACAACCCACACUGGUGAGAAACGUUUUUCCUGCUCAGUUUGUGGCCAAAGAUUCUCUAUGAAGGAACACUUAAAAAGUCACACAAGAACCCACACUGGUGAGAAACCUUUUUCCUGCUCAGUUUGUGGUCAAAGAUUCACUCUGAAAGGAAACUUGAGACGUCACACAAGAACCCACACUGGUGAGAAACCUUUUUCCUGCUCAGUUUGUGGCCAAAGAUUCUCUGUAAAGGGAAACUUAAAAAGUCACACAAGAACCCACACUGGUGAGAAACCUUUUUCCUGCUCAGUUUGUGGUCAAAGUUUCACUCUGAAAGGAAACUUAAGACGUCACACAAUAACACACACUGGUGAGAAACCUUUUUCCUGCUCAGAUUGUGGUGAGAGAUUUUCUAUGAAGGGAAACUUAAAAAUGCACACAAGAACCCACACUGGUGGGAAACCUUUUUCCUGCUCAGUUUGUGGUCAGAAAUUCUCUGAAAAAGGAAAGUUAAAAAUGCACACAACAACCCACACUGGUGAGAAACCUUUUUCCUGCUCAGUUUGUGGCCAAAGAUUCUCUUAUAAAUAUCAAGUUAAGACACACAAGUGUGCUGGUGAGAAAAGCAGUGAUUAAGAUGCUUUUAAUGAAAAUAUAAAUGUUUAAUCUAGAAAGUUACUGACUUACAAAAAUAUACAUUCUUGUAUUCUGUGUACCAGCUUUUAUUGUAUCGAUCUUCUUCUUGUCCAUAUAUUUUCUGAAAACCCCAGGAGUGUUAAGAAUUAGCACUGGUGCCAAAUUACUUUGAAGGGACUUGUUAAAGGUGAUAACAUGGGCACUUGUUCCAUAGUGCUGGACUCAAAAAUGUCUACAGAAAAAAAAGCCCUCCAAAAUAGACUCAGUAGUACAACCCCAAUUCCAAUGAAGUUGCGACGUUGUGUUAAACAUAAAUAAAAACAGAAUACAAUGAUUUGCAAAUCAUGUUCAGCCUAUAUUUAAUUGAAUGCACUACAAAGACAAGAUAUUUAAUGUUCAAACUGAUAAAAUUUUAUUGUUUUUAGGCAAAUAAUCAUUAACUUAGAAUUUUAUGGCUGCAACACGUUCCCAAAAAGCUGGGACAGGUGGCAAAAAAGACUGAGAAAGUUGACGAAUGCUCAUCAAACACCUGUUUGGAAGAUCCCACAAGUGAACAGGCUAAUUGGGAACAGGUGGGUGCCAUGAUUGGGUAGAAAAGGUGCUUCCCUGAAUUGCUCAGUCAUUCACAAGCAAAGAUGGGGCGAGGUUCACCUCUUUGUGAACAAGUGCGUGAGAAAAUAGUCAAACAGUUUAAGGACAAUGUUUCUCAACGUACAAUUGCAAGGAAUUUAGGGAUUUCAUCAUCUACGGUCCAUAUCAUCAUCAAAAGGUUCAGAGAAUCUGGAGAAAUCACUGCAUGUAAGUGGCAAGGGCGAAAACCAACAUUGAAUGCCCGUGACCUUCGAUCCCUCAGGCGGCACUGCAUCAAAAACAGACAUCAAUGUGUAAAGGAUAUCACCAAAUGGGGUCAGGAACACUUUCAGAAAACCAAUCUCAGUAAAUACAGUUUGGCGCUACAUCCGUCAACAACUCUACUAUGCGAAGCAAAAGCCAUUUAUCAACAACACCCAGAAACGCCGCCGACUUCUCUGGGUCCGAGCUCAUCUAAGAUGGAUUGACGCAAAGCGGAAAAGUGUUCUGCGGUUCAACGAGUCCACAUUUCAAAUUGUUUUUGGAAAUUGUGGACGUCGUGUCCUCCGGGCCAAAGAGGAAAACAACCAUCCGGACUGUUAAGGACGCAAAGUUCAAAAGCCAGCAUCUGUGAUUGUAUGGGUCUAUGUUAGUGCCAAUGGCAUGGGUAACUUACACAUCUGUGAAGGCACCAUUAAAGCUGAAAGGUACAUACAGUUUUUGGAGAAACAAA